UGGACUGCCAGAAGCGACCAUCACUGUCACACAGAAGAAGGUAAAGGAAGUGAUGACCCUCGAAGAUGAAACUUUUUCCAAGUUCUACCGCCAAAUGGAGGAGCUCCCCGUCACCAUAAACAAGGUGACGAUAGACGAAGACUUUGAUGCCAUCUUCGGUCCCCAGGUGCCAAAGCUGACCUCGGAGAUGGUGCAGCACAAGCGAGCGGUGCGCCCGGCGCGUAACGUCCAGUCAUCUAGAAACCCUCUGAAGAUGCUGGCUGCCAGAGAGGACAUCAGACACGAGUACACAGAGCAGAGGCUCAACAUCGGCCUGCUGGAGAGCAAGAGGAUGAAGGCUGAGAAGAUGAAUAAGAACUCUGGGUUCUCUGAUGUGGCUCUUGCUGGUCUGGCCAGCAAAGAGAACUUCAGCAACGUCAACCUGCGCAGCGUCAACAUCUCCGAGCAGAUGUCCAACAACAGCGCCGUGCCUUACAAGAAACUCAUGCUCUUACAGGUCAAAGGUCAGUUGAGUGAACCAGCUGAUCAGACCAUAAACAGACAGGUGCACCUGCAUCCACUACAGGGCUCAACAGGAUAUUUUCUUAAAUUUGUUUCAUCCUACUCUUAGUUGACUUCAUCAUAGUUCCAGCAAUAACACAUUAACGCAUUUUGAGAAGAGUCCAUGUAGAUAUAAUUGACUCUAAUAAAUGCAGCUGUAAUGGCUGAUAGAUGAUGGAAAACACAACUGUCAAAUUUCUAUGACUACCAACAAUUGUUUUCUUGCCCACGUUCCUACAGGCCCAGCUGUCAGUAGAUUGUUGCCAACCUCUGUGCUGCCUGUUCAAUAUUAUUUUACAAAAUGAAAACAAAGUAAUAAGAAUAAUUGUAACUUGGGAGUGAAAUGAGGGGUUUCCAUUACAGAUUUGCGCAAAACGUAAGCUGUCUUUUCUGAUAUGUUGAUAAAACACAAUUGUGAGAUGACCAUGUUUGCGCUGAGUGAUGUUAUGUGACUUCUCCUCUGGCGAUAACAUUCCGAGCCACUGCACUAACCAU